AUGGCAGUUUCCUUCUCCCUCACUUCACUCUCCUCAAAUCCUCCCAAACCCUCCUCUCCUCCAACAAUGGCAACCCUAGCCUCCUUCUGCUCCAUCUCCUCCAAAACCCUACCCAGAUUCACCUUCAACCCCCUCUCCAAACCCUCCGCCCUAACCCUCCUCUCCAAGCCGCCCCUCACCCACCUCCGAUCCCCUCCCCGCAACACAAUCCGUUCUCUCUUCACCGGAAUCGUCGAGGAGAUGGGCCACGUCAAGCACCUCGGCCCCUCCUCCUCCGACUCCGGCGGUGGAUUCGACAUGAGAAUCGCCGCCUCCACCGUCCUCGACGGCGUCCGCCUCGGCGACAGCAUCGCCGUCAACGGCACCUGCCUGACGGUGACGGAGUUCGACGCGUCUCACUUCACCGUCGGCCUGGCGCCGGAGACGCUGCGGAAGACCUCGCUGGUGGAGCUGGAGCCUGGCUCGCCGGUGAACCUGGAGCGGGCGGUGCUGCCGACGAGCCGGAUGGGCGGGCAUUUCUUGCAGGGACACGUGGACGGCACCGGCGAGAUAGUGGCGAUGGUGCCGGAGGAGGAUUCGCUGUGGAUCAAGGUGAAGACGAGGAAGGAGAUACUCAAGUAUGUUGUGCCGAAAGGGUACAUAGCUGUGGAUGGGACUAGCUUGACUGUGGUGGAUGUGUUUGAUGAUGAGGACUGCUUCAAUUUCAUGCUGGUGGCUUAUACGCAGCAGAAGGUGGUCAUUCCGCUCAAGAAGGUUGGCCAGAAGGUGAAUUUGGAGGUUGAUAUACUCGGCAAGUAUGUGGAGAGGCUUCUCACUAGCGGCUUUCUCGACUCCAUCAAGUCCAAAUAGGUUUGACCUCUGUGUCAGUGAUUCCAAGCAUGGACAGUCAUUAGUUUGGGUAAUUUCAGAAGGUGAAAGCAUCAGAUGAUUUGUCCAUUCUUUAUCCUCAUUGAAAUUCACGGAAAGACUAGUUGGAAACUUGUUUGUACAUCCACAUCCCCAUAAAAUGGUGCUAUAGGGGGUAGACAAUGCGUCGAGAUUAUUUCUCCUGAUGUCACCACACCACACCGCUGGGCCUUUGGUAAUUGCAAAUCCUGAGUUUUUUUGUCCUUGUGAACUCUUUUUUAAUGUAGAGGAUGAUAUUCUGUUAAUUAGUUGAAGUAAUCACAUUGCUCUUGUCAAGCAUCUAGUUGCUGUCUUCGGUUGUAAGAUCAUCCUGCAUUGGAUUCAAUCACUUUCUACCGUGGUAGAAGUUAUAGGAUCGGUUUUGGGGUGAGUUGAGUGAUCUUGUUUGUGAAGAAUGUCAGCUUAAUGGGUUGUAUAGUUCAAUUUAUCUUGUGCUCAGAUUGUAAUGUGUGUACAACUGGAAACCUUCAUUGUUAGCUCCAUCGGAUAUUGAUCUAGUAAAAUGAAUAACAACUGAUUUGUUUG